GAAAUGUUUACGGCGAGGCUCAUUGAUGUACUCGGAAAUAUGAAGCUAAUGAACGUUAUCUGAAACCUUAUAAAGGAGACGUAAAAUCAGUAAUUAGCUAGAUAAAACAUUUUUAAUAGCUAAAAACGAUUUAUUGGGUAGUUUCCUGUGUUAAUGGAACUCCCAUGUAGCAGUUGUUAAGUUUAAGCGAAACGUUUUAGUAACAAAGUUUAGAGAAAACAUGCCAUCUUCGAUAGUAGUUCCUGUAAUUGAUGUCCAUAGUAACAAUUUCAAAGAACUAUGGCCAGCCAUGGUGGUUGCAAUUAAAACAUCAUCCUUCAUUGCGAUUGACACGGAGCUGAGUGGUCUGGGAAACAGAAAGUCCCUGCUGGCUGAAUCAAUAGAGGACAGAUACAAGGCAAUAUGUCACGCUGCUCGCUCUCGCUCCAUCCUUUCUUUGGGAAUUGCGUGUUACAAGAAGCUGGACCAAAAGCCUCCAGACUCCUACCUGGUCCAGGUGUACAACCUCACCCUGCUGUGUUCAGAGGAGUACAUCAUAGAGCCGCAGUCGGUCCAGUUUCUGGUGCAGCACGGGUUUGACUUUAACAAGCAGUACGGCAGUGGGAUCCCGUACUGCAAGGGCAACAAUAAGGGAGGUUCAGACGACCGUGGGGUCCACAUCCGAACUUUGUUUACUGAGCUGCUGCGAGCCAGGAAGGCCCUGGUGCUACACAACGGCCUCAUCGACAUGGCCUUCCUCUACCAGAGUUUUUAUGCCCACCUCCCCGAGCGGCUGGCCACCUUCACAGCCGACCUGUCGGAAAUGUUUCCCGCUGGGAUUUACGACACCAAAUACGUGACUGAAUUUGAGCUGCGGCUGACCGCCUCAUAUCUGGAGUACGCCUACAAGAAAUGCAAGCUGGAAAACAGCCGCAGUGUCACUUCUGGCUCAGCUGGACCUCACGUCCACCUGGAAUUUUGCCAGUACGCGGGUGACUUGUCCACCUACGUCGACUACAGACAAUGUCCGGCCGUAACAUCCAUAGAGGGACACACGGAUGUCUGCCAGCGCUUCUCAGCUUUCGGCUGGUGUCCAAACGGCACCAAGUGCCCGUUGUCCCACGACACAGACCUGAUCAUCCUGCAGGAUGAGAAAGGCAAAGAUGAAAAAAGGAAAAAGCGGAAGAGACGCAGGGAAAAAAAAGGGUCAUCGGAUAUAGCCGAGGACUGCUCCGCCUUCGACGGCACCCCAAAGGAUAAAAUACCAAACAUGGAAGCGGACAAGGAAGAAGCAGCCGGCGACCAAAUGGAGGCGCACGAAAAAUCACGCACCGAUGGAAACUCUCGCAUGGACGACGGGUGGGACACGAAAACCGACGACGAAGAAGAAAACGGAGUCGGUGAAGAAACGAACCCCGGAGACUCUGCGGCGAGCGCCGGAGAAGGUACCGGCGUCCGUUCUGCAGAGUCUAAGGCCGAGGCGAAGAAGAAGGCGGACGCGGGAUCGCACCGGGCGGGCUUUGACGCCCACAUGACGGGAUACAUCUUCGCCUACGCGUGCGCGCUCCUCAAGAAGGAGGCGGAGCCUGGGCCGGAAGGAGCCGACGCCGAGUCGGAAGAGUCCUGGCUCCCCAUCUGCGUCAAUAAGAUCUAUCUCAGCGGCAAGGCAGCGCCCCUCAAUGUGGUGAAAAGCACCUUCGCCAAGUCAUCCAAGGCCCACGUUCAGAAGAUGGAGAUGGUGUGGGGACAGAAGAUGUAGCUCAGUUUCUCUGUAAUGUCAUUUUAUCUCACACAAGAUGAGGUUAAUAGUAUUCGUUUUAUCAAUUUGGCAGCUACUGGUUGGAUUAGUGUGAAAAUUUGAGGAACUAUCUGAGACUGGUCGGUCCUACGAGUCUUAUCGAGCCCGGGUCAAUCGUUAAUAAAUUCAUGUUAACGAAGAAUAUGAUAGAUAACAUCGUUUUGACCAGCAAUUUUCUUUAAGCAGUUACAAUUCUUUAAAAAAUAGAUCAAAAUGUUUGGAUCAGCAGUCAGUGUUUUAUUCUCCUCCUCUGUUCAUCAAAUUAAAAACAUUGCCUUUUUUAAUCAAAUGAAUUUUCUUAAAUUUAUGUGCCAACCCAUUUAAUUAUCCGACAUUUCGCUGGAAAUGAGUUGUUUGGCAUCCACAGUUGCCAUAAUGUAGAUUUGUUGCCUCUCAUUUCUCUUGGUAAUUAAAACCUUAUGAACCCUCCGAAA